GCUGCCCCCACUUCUGUCAUAUCAGCAAUAUAAACAGUAUAACCUCCACUAUUCCAAGACGAUGGGAAAAUAUCAGUAGAAAUGUCGUCGCAACUGCGACAGUCGCAAGUUUUUCAUCUCGCGACAUAAACCUUUUCGAUACGUGCCGAAUAUCUACAAUAUUUCCCCCGAAAUCAUGGAACUUAUGCGUACUCUCAUCGGCCGCAACCUCAAACGAUCAUUUCUGAAAGCGCCCGAAAGAUUCUGUGUGCAACACGCACGAUACAUCAGGUUAGCAGAAGUUGGUAAACUAGAGACACCAAAACUACAAGGAAAAUAUGAAACAGGUCAAUUGAUUCUACACAGAGUUUUCGGUUAUCGUGGCGCAAUUCUUUUCCCUUGGCUGGCCAGAGUAUAUGAUAGAGAUAUAUCUAGUAAAAAAGAUGAAAAGGAUGAUAACAAUUUUAACAGCGUGGGUAAAGAAGUAAAAGGUAGAACACAUACAUUUUAUCAAGUUCUGAUUGAUCAGCGGGAUUGUCCUUAUAUACGCGCUCAAACAGAAGCAGUGACUUUCCUGGGCAAUCACGAAAGCAGCCGCAGCUUGUACGCCAUCCCAGGAUUGGAUUAUGUUGCGCACGAGGAUGUCUUACCAUAUAGCACAAACGAGAAAGCGGCUUUACAACAUGAAUUGUUUGACAAGUUCCUGACUUAUGACCCGGACAAAGAACCAUGCUUUGUAGCGCAGGAGACUCUUCGAGCAUGGCAAAAAAAGAAUCACCCGUGGCUCGAAUUGUCUGAUGUGCAUAAGGAAACAACAGAGAAUGUUCGUAUCACCGUCAUACCUUUUUACAUGGGUUGCAGAGAAAGUCAGACGACUUCUGUUUACUGGUGGCGUUAUUGUAUCCGAUUGGAGAAUUUAGGUGAAUUAAGCGUGCAGCUGCGCGAGAGGCAUUGGCGAAUAUUUAGUUUGUCGGGCACAUUGGAAACUGUAAGAGGGAGAGGUGUAGUCGGUCAAGAACCGGUGUUGUCGAAAGCUUUACCUGCUUUCCAAUAUAGUAGUCACGUGAGCUUGCAAGCUCCUAGCGGUCAUAUGUGGGGUACAUUUAGGAUGGAGAGAGAGGAUGGAUACGCGUUCGAUUGUAGAAUACCACCGUUCUCUUUGGAAUCGAAAGCAGAAGAAUCCUCGCCUAACGUGGAGGUUUAACUUUCCGGAGACGAAUGGGAUAAUAAUUACCUUGAUUACAACUAGCUAAGCGUAUGCCUUAGAUAAAUAUAUGAUGGUUUAUAAAUAUAGACAAAGACGGAGAUUGUUGAAUAAGUUUGGUAUAUAAUUUACGAUAAAGAUUUGUGAUAACUCAUGAAAAUCGAUUUUUUCCAAUCUCAAUAAAAUUAUAAUGUAUAUAUUUUCUCCCGAAAA